UGCUAGGAGAACAAGAACGCCUCCUGUCUUAAUAAGAGAGUGACAGUCGAAGUAGACAUCUGCAAAUUUCAUUUUCGACGCCGCCAGGUACACAAACACAACAAAAUGACAGGAGAAAGUGAGGAAAAGAUCACUAUGGAGCAGCCUAGCAUAUAUGUAGAGAAAACGCUUGCAAUCGUCAAACCAGAUGCUAUCAACAAAUCGGAAGAAAUUGAAGAUAUCAUUUUAAGAUCUGGGUUUUCUAUCUUGCAAAAAAGGCGGGUUCACCUAACACCAGAGCAGGCGAGUGACUUUUAUGCAGAGCAUUAUGGAAAACUGUUUUUUCCCAGUUUAGUAGCAUACAUGAGCAGUGGUCCAAUCUUGGCUCUUGUUUUGGCUAGAGAUAAUGCCAUUGCCCACUGGAGGGAAUUGAUUGGUCCUACCAACACAAUCAAAGCACGACAAACUCACCCUGACUGCCUUAGAGCCUUGUAUGGCACAGAUGACCAGAGAAAUGCCCUCCAUGGUAGUAGCUGCUUCUCAAAUUCUCAGAGAGAAAUUCGUUUUUUCUUUCCAGACAGUAUUGUUGAGCCAGUUGCAGUCGGCCAGGCUGCCAAGGAUUACUUGUCCCGUGCAGUCAAUCCAACUCUGCUGAAAGGUCUCACACAACUGUGUAAGGAAAAACCAGGGGAUCCAGUGCUUUGGUUGGCAGACUGGCUACUGGAAAACAACCCAAAUAAGCCUCAAGUUCAGGAGUAUGCUGUGGAAGAAUCUUAACUAAAUACUGGAAUGACAGCUAUUCUCAAGCAUACAUUGUUUUAAUGCACAUCUGCAAGUAUUUGGGCGAUAUCAGCAUGUGCUGGUCUUGAAAAAGAUUUGCUCCUUAUUAUAAAAGAACCCAAACCAAAUUUCAGGAGUAUGCAGUGCAGGAAUCUAACUAUAUACUGGAAUGACAGCUGUCCUUUUGUAAAGUCAUUUGAUUGGAAUACACAUCUAGGUCUUUAAGUAUUUGCUUAAUGUCAGAAUGUGUGCGUCUUGAAAGAGAUUUGUAACCUUUUGUAUCUGUGUAGGUAUCUGCAGGUGUUAACGUUCACAUUUUCACAUGUAGCCUGAUAUCAUUGAAACACAGUUGUUCUCCAAACCAAUGUACAGUUGUUCAGAAUUCUUAUAAUGGACUCCUUUUGUAAAAAAUAUGUACUUGUUCAUAAGAUUAUCAUGUAUCAUUAUUAAACUUAAUGCCUACA